GCUGCAUCUCGGAGGUCCGGGUACCGCCAGCGCUGCCCGCCCGCGCCCCGCUGCCCGCCCGCGGGAUGGGGCUGCUGCACUCGCUGCACGCUCCCGCGGCCGUCCUGCUCUGGAGCUGCCUGCUGGGACUGACAGCUGCUCAGGAAGCCAUCCUGCACGCGUCUGCAAAUGGCACAUCUUCACUUUCCAAGGACUAUUGCAUGCAUUAUAACCCCAAAUGGACAAGGCUUCCAGGUUCCCUAGAAAAUGCAACUUCUCUUAGCUUGAUGAAUCUGACUGGAACGCCACUGUGCCACCCUUCUGAUAUUCCUCCUGAUGGCAUAAAGAACAGAGCAGUGGUGGUACAAUGGGGAGCCUGCCAUUUUCUUGAAAAGGCCAGGAUUGCACAGCAAGGUGGUGCUGAAGCUCUGCUGAUUGCCAACAGCAGUGUCCUACUUCCUUCCUCAAGGAACAGAUCUGAAUUUCAAAAUAUGACCAUACUAAUUGCAGUUAUAAGCCAAAAAGACUUUAGAGAUAUGAAACAGACUCUUGGAGAUAACAUUACCGUGCAAAUGUAUUCUCCAUCCUGGCCUAACUUUGACUAUACUAUGGUGGUUAUUUUUGUAAUUGCUGUGUUCACUGUGGCAUUAGGAGGAUACUGGAGUGGACUCAUUGAAUUGGAAAACAUGAAGACAGCGGCAGAUGCCGAAGAUAAAGAGAUGAGGAAAAAGAAGGAGGAGUAUUUAACUUUCAGCCCUCUGACAGUGGUUGUGUUUGUGGUCAUCUGCUGUGUUAUGAUCGUCCUACUCUAUUUCUUCUACAGGUGGCUUGUUUACGUUAUGAUAGCAAUUUUCUGCAUAGCGUCGGCAAUGAGUUUGUACAACUGUCUUGCUGCAUUGAUUCAUAGGAUGCCAUGUGGACAGUGCACGAUUUCCUGUUGUGGCAAAAACAUUAAAGUGAUCCUGGUCUUCCUCUCUGGACUGUGCAUCUCAGUCUCUGUUGUGUGGGCUGUGUUUAGAAAUGAGGAUAGAUGGGCUUGGAUUUUACAGGAUAUAUUAGGAAUUGCUUUCUGUCUCAACUUAAUUAAAACAAUGAAGUUACCCAAUUUCAAGUCAUGUGUGAUACUGCUAGGCCUUCUCCUGGUCUAUGAUGUGUUUUUUGUCUUCAUAACACCGUUCAUCACAAAGAAUGGUGAGAGCAUCAUGGUGGAACUUGCUGCUGGACCGUUCGAGAAUGCUGAAAAGAAUGAUGGAAACUUUGUGGAAGCCACUGCUCAACCCUCAGCUCCCCAUGAGAAAUUGCCAGUACUUAUCAGGGUGCCAAAGCUGGUCUGUUACUCAGUAAUGAGUGUAUGCUUCAUGCCCGUUUCAAUAUUGGGUUUUGGAGAUAUUAUUGUACCAGGCCUGUUGAUUGCAUACUGUAGAAGAUUCGAUGUUCAGACUGGUUCUUCUUCUGUAUACUAUAUUUCAUCCACAAUUGCCUAUGCUGUUGGCAUGAUAAUUACAUUUGUUGUCCUGGUGCUGAUGAAGAAGGGGCAGCCUGCUCUCCUCUACUUAGUACCCUGCACACUUCUUGCUGCCUCAGUCGUGGCCUGGAGUCGUAAGGAGAUGAAAAAGUUCUGGAAAGGUAGCAGCUAUCAGGUGAUGGACCACCAGGACUAUUCAACAAGUGAAGAGAGCCCAGUGACUACUGAUGGGCAGUCCGUGCAGCAGUGAUUACGUGGACCUACAAUGAUGUGCUAUGGAUUUUUACAAAUAGAAUUGCCAACCGCUGCCGCCGCCUCCACCACUACCCUUUUUUGGUUUUGUGGUUUUUUGGGUUUUUUUUUUUUUUGUUUGUUUGUUUGUUUGCUUUUUGAGACAGAGUCAUGAUUAGAGCUCACUGUCCUCCUGCCUCUGUCUCCCAAAUGUCUGGGACUAUAGCUGGGCAGCACCGUGCUCAGCAAGUUUUAAAUCAAAAUCUGAACUGAAAAUUAGAGACAUUUGCCACGGUGAUGUUUGUCAAUCCUUCUAUUUUUAUGAGCUGGUAAAAUUCAUCACACAUAGCGAAAAUACAUUUUCUUUUAAUUAUGUUAAAGUUGUGCCUUCACAAUCAAUGAAAAACAUAGGGUUUGUGUAGUUUCCAAAUAUAUUAUAUACAUUAUAUUUUUCUAAAAAAAAAAAAAAAGCCACCUUGACCCUCCCCUGUACUUUUCUUACUAAAACGUUUCUCUGAAAUAUAAGGAUAGGGAUAGAUUGUUUAUAAUUAUCAAAGCAAGUUUCUUGAGUAAAUGUUUUCAUCAAAGAUUUAUGCAAAUCUUACCCCUCUGCAGGAAUAACUGCUUAAAGCUGUGCAGGAAGGCACUUCAGCAGCAAAAAUUGGUCUUCAUAUCAUGUAGAGGUUUAAAACCUGCACAAGGGAGCACGUAGAAACACACCCCUUCAUAGAUUACAUUUUUCCUUUACCUUUAUUUUUAUUUCAUGUGUAUGGGUGUUUUGCCCGUAUACAUGUCCGUCUGUUCACCACAUUCAGGCCUGGUGCCUGUGGAGACCAGAAGAGGGUGUUUGAUCCCUUGGGACUGGAGUUACAGAUGGCUGUGAGCUGCCAUGUGGGUCCUGGGACUUGAACCCAGGUCCUCUGGAAGAGCAGCCAGAGCUCUUAUAAAUGCUGAGCCAUCUCUCCAGCCUUGUAGUUUUAAGUUUUUAAAAACUUGUAACCCUUUUUUAAACUUGAGGACCUAAAUUACUUCAGGCUGCACAUGUAUUAUAUUAGACUAUUUUUUAGAUAGAAGGAAACAUAAUAUAUAGAAAUAAUCAUUAGAAGGAUACAGAAACUGAAUCUAGUUUAUGUCAGUACACCAUUUACUUGAAGAUAAGGAUAAACUUCUGUACUUACUCUAGGUUUUAUUUUGGUUUCCUGAUCUUUGAAAUUUGAUUCCAUUAGAUACUAUAUUAUAACUUAUUGUUUGCCUCGACCAUCCUGACACUCUCCCAUCGUCAGUUUCCAACCCUUUUCCCAUAAGUGAGUACUGCUGACCUUGGAGGGAUGAGUGCAGUUCAGAGUACAGAUGUACUUUUGUUGGUCGGUUUUCUCACCUCCAAAAUGAGUGGUUCGAGCAGUUAUCACUUGGCUAACUUGCAACUUGAAAAAAAUAAUUUUCUUCUCAUUCUUUGCAAAAUCUCAGGUGUUUUUCUAGAAAUUAGAGGUGAAAUUAUCUUUCAAAUUAUUUUAAUUUCUUUAAAAAUGUACCAAGUGACAAGUUGUUACAAAAGCUCAGGAUUUUGCAUUUCUGUGUAAAUAAUGCACACGCUAUGUGAACAAAUCCAGUCUUUCAUGUUAAGGCCAAUUCAGCUUAUUCAAAGGUAAAAACUGGUGAUUGAAAAAAUGGGUUAGACCUUUGAUAUUUGAACUAAAGUUCAAUUUGAUGCUCUUGUUUAAUUGUUAACUUUUGCUGAGUAAAUGACAGGGAAGCUGUACCACAGCUUCUUCUGUCUACUGAGUCCAGGAGUGGGGUCUUCUGUUUACAGCAAGUGAGCUAUCUGAUGAGAGACGAGUUAAGUGCCAUUUUACAAUUCCAACUGUACUUUCACUUCCAAUGUCAAUAAAAUGCUUGCCAAAAUACAGCUGUUUUACUAACAUCUGCAUCCUCAUUCAAGUCUGUGACAGUCGAAAGCACCAAUUACAUUUUAUGAAGAAUGUUAAAGAAAAUUAGUCCUUUUAAAGCUAUGUUGAAAUAACACAAUUUCUCAAAAAUAAUUUAGUUUUAUUAAUUUGUAACUAAUAUUUCUUCAUCUAAACCAUUGCUCCAGAAAAAAAAAAUUAACACAUCUACAAAUCUGAAUUCUGACUUAUUUGGAACAAAGUGUAUUUUACCCAACCAUCAUAUUGUUGUGGUUAAAGUCUUACACAGGGGCUGGAGUGUAGCUCAGCGUUGGAGUACUUGCCUCCUGUGUUCCAAGUGCCUACCCCAGCUCUGCCAAUGAAACAACUGGCUGAGUAGCUAUAAAUAACAAAAAGAAUUUCCUAGAGUCGCUCUAGCCUUACUGCCAAUUUCGUAUGUACUUAAACAACCCUCUUAGCAACACAGACGAGAAUAGCUCCUUAGAGAAAAUGAAAUACACAAAUACUGGGUCUUGGAAAUAAAAAUGAAUAGAUACCAGAGAUGAAAAUUUGACUCUGAAAGUUCGUCAUCUCCUUCUCCCUUGCUUACCUGAUACCAGUAACUUUUAAGAGGUAGGGAAGUUGGAUUUUUCCCCCCUUGAACAUGCUUUAAAAACAAAGUAUAUUGUAUUUAUUAGCACAUUGCAAUAUAAAAUACUUAUUAGAAAGUUCCACAUUGGUGGUUUAGCAAAUAGAAAUCAUUGAUCUUAAAUGCAUUUUAUUUUCUUCCAGCUUCUAAGUUUUACUUUGAAUUAGCAAUUUCUUUAUAGUAGAAUGUACUUUAAUACCCUUUUGAAGGAAGAUACAUUUGUUCCGUAUGCUGCUGGCAUUCAUGUGUUUUAGUUACAUGUGCAGACAGGUUCUGGUACAAUGGCAUAUUUUUAAUAAAUACUAAUGAUCUUUCUAGUUUUCUUUGCUCUUUCAAUGUCCACAGUUUUUUUGUUUGUUUUGUUUUGUUUUUCCAGACAGGGUUUCUCUGUGUAGCCCUGGCUGUCGUGGAACUCAUUCUGUGGACCAGGCUGUCCUGGAAUUCACAGAGAUCCUCCUGCCUCUGUCUCUCGAGUACUGGGAUUAAAGACGUGCACCACCACCGCCUGGCCAAUGUCCACAUUUUUAAAGCUAUUUUUCAGUCAUAGGCUCUAAUCCAGGGCUUUGCACGCUCUGAGCAAGUGCUGUACCACUGAGCAGCAUGUCCAGCUCCUCAGCGUGUGCUCUAGGUAGAAGUGGAAAUUAUAUACUUGAUGAAAACAUAGCUAAUCUUUUAAGCUGAUUCUCUAGAACUUUGGCUUGAUUCCAGUCAGUGAACUUUCAGAGCUGGGUGUUGUCUUCCUGGCUGAUAGACCACAGUACUUAAAGAAGCUUUUGUAGUUUUCCAUGAAUAAGAAAAAUGGGUUGAAUCAACUCAAGGUUGUAGUACAUGGCCAGUUGGCUACAUAGUGGUUUUGACUAGGCAUUAAAAAUAUUAUAAACAGCUGGGCGGUGGUGGCUCACACCUUUAGUCCCAGCACUCGUGAGGCAGAAGCAGGCAGAUCUCUUGAGUUCAAGGCCAGCCUGGUCUACAAAGCGAGUUCCAGGAAAGGCGCAAUGCUACACAGAGAAACUCUGUCUUGAAAAAGCAAACAAACAAACAAACAAACAAACAAAAAUAUUAUAAACAGCUUUGCUAUUCCUUUGAGACAUACAUUUUAAAAAGUCCUAAAGUCUGUCUGGUUAGCCUGCAACUUCCCAGUAGGACAAGUGAGUGUAAAUUCAGUAGCCUUUGUCUCUUUCCCCCCUUGUACCUUUUUAAGAAACAUAAUUGGAUUUUUACUUCUUAGGUGAUUGAUUUGUAUAUGGGACUCUUUUACUCUUUUUCUAAUACUUUUCUAUGUAAGUUAGUGUAAAUUGAUACUUUUAUAACACUACUAGGCUUUACUUUUUUAUAGAACAUGAUUUAAGACUUGCAUUUUUGGAGUGUUAAUUUUUCAGUAAGUUAAGCUGUCUUCACCAUGUGCCAAUUCUGAUAAGAAAAACAACUUUUAGUGUAUUGAAUUUACUACAGUGUUAAAUAAAUUCUAUUUUAAAAUAAAAAA